AAACGAAAAGCAAAUUAACGGAAAGAUACUCGAUUUUUAAAGCUAUAGAAAGCGACGAAAAUAACUUUCGAGUGAACACUUCAACGAUUCCCAAACGCGUUACGAAUUAAGGCUGUAAAGUGAAACUGAAUUUGCUGACUUAAGUGGGGCUUCGCACUUUCAGACCAUUCUUUGCCCAGUGUCAGGAGCCUGUAAGGCCUGAAACGACCAAGGGUUCUUCUAUUGAAUUUAUGGUUUAUCUGACGCAGCAGCACAAGAAAAAUGGCAGCACAGCCGUAAUCACAAGGUUCAGCUCUGCUGCUCUUGGCACUUUUUGUAAAUUUUCAGUUUAUACCAUCAACAAGUGCAGCCCCAAUUGAUUGCCAGAAGAACACUGCUGUCUGCUUCGAAGAAAUCAUGAAGGAACUGACCCAACUUCGAUUUGAGGUUAAAAUUCUCACCGAGAACAGAGCAUUGGUGGGAUCUAGGAACUGUGCUGAGCUGUACAAAUCCGGACGAAGGAUCAGUGGUGUUUACACUAUCGACCCAGAUGGUUCAGGUGCCUUUAAUGUAUAUUGUGACCAAACUACAGCCAACGGGGGAUGGACAGUGAUCCAGAAGAGAAUGGAUGGCUCCGUUGAUUUUAACCGCACCUGGAACGAAUACAAACAUGGCUUCGGUAACUUGGUCGGUGAGUUUUGGCUCGGACUGGACAAGAUAAACCGCCUGACUCGAAACAAGACAAAGAAUAAGCUUCGGGUAGAUCUGGGGGUAACUACUGGCAAAACUGUUCACCCUGAGUAUGACUGGUUUGGGAUUGGGAACGAGACAGCUAAGUAUCGGCUAUAUAUUGGCAAUAUUACAAAUGCCACCGUUUCCUUUGAUUCCCUCGGUCCCCACAGGAAUCUCGUUUUUGGUACCUGGGAUAGAGAACCUGUUGAUUGUGCUCAAAGAAGUGGCAGAGGCUGGUGGUAUGGCAACAGUAUUAAAUGUGCUGUUUUGUCAAAUCUCAAUGGCAUUUAUCCGCGUUGUGGAAGGAACACUUCUGCAGAUAUUCACUGGGCAGAGUUAGAUCGAACCAGUGCCAAAGGCAGCGCUCCUUCAUCAACUGAAAUGAAAAUUAGACCGGCGGACUUUUAAAAACUUUGUUAGAGAUAAGUACACAGCACAUAAGUAGAUAGUGAUUUUUUAGCGUGCUCUGAUAAUAUCCACCUCUGAGCAGCUAAGGCGACGAAAUCUAGCGUCAAAGUUUAAUUUAGGUUAUGAAUUGGUAUACAGUUUCUUUAAGCGAAUUAAAAACUACGUCAUUAUAUCUUUUAAAUGAGACACAGUAUCUUAGAAAAACAGCUUUCAUGAUAUAAUGGGUUUUUAAACUUUUAAUGCUGUAUUAAUCAUUAGUAAGUAA